CGGGCGCCCAAGCGAGAGGGGAGCGCGCCGCCUGCCAUGGCCACCGUGCUCUGUAGUAGAGCAAGAUUGGUCACCUACCUGCCAGGGUUCUAUUCCUUAGUCAAAAGAGUUGUAAAUCCCAAGGCUUUUUCUACAGCAGGUUCCUCAGGCUCAGAUGAGUCUCAUGUUGCUGCUACACCUCCCGAUUUAUGUCCAAGAACUGUGUGGCCGGAUGAAGUAAUGGGUCCAUUUGGCCCUCAGGACCAGAGAUUCCAGUUGCCUGGUAAUAUUGGUUUUGACUGUCACCUAAAUGGUACAGCUUCUCAGAAGAAAAUCCAGACUCAUAAAAAUCUGCCUGACGUAUUAGCAGAACCUUCACAAAAUGAAAGGCAUGAGUUUGUAAUGGCACAAUACCUCAAUGAAUUUCAGGAUACUGAUGUUCCACAUAAACAACAAAUAAAUAAUAUUGAAACUUACUUUGAAAAUGCAAAGGUGGAAUGUGCAGUACAAGCUUGUCCUGAACUGUUGCGAAAAGACUUUGAGUCGAUGUUUCCAGAAGUGACUGCUAAUCGUUUAACAGUACUGACUGUUACUCAGAAAACUAAAAAUGAUAUGACUGUCUGGAGUCAAGAAGUGGAGGAUGAGAGAGAAAUGCUGUUAGAAAAUUUCAUUAAUGGUGCCAAGGAAAUUUGUUAUGCAAUUUGUUCUGAAGGGUACUGGGCUGACUUCAUCGAUCCAUCCUCAGGACUGGCAUUUUUUGGACCAUAUACAAACAACACCCUGUUUGAAACAGAUGAGCGUUACCGGCACCUGGGAUUCCGUGUUGAUGAUCUUGGCUGCUGCAAAGUUAUUCGUCAUAACAUCUGGGGUACUCAUGUGGUUGUGGGAAGUAUUUUUACUAAUGCUGAACCUGACAGCCCGAUCAUGAGAAAGCUGAGUGGAAACUAGCACUGUCAGUUUUACAAGUUCAUGUAUGACCUCUGCUUUCUUGUUUCUCUGUAAGCCCUGUCAGGAAACGCCACACUUGGUAGUAUCUUAAGUGGAUAAUAAAGUGUCUGUUAUUUAUUUUAGUCUUUGUGAAAUAAGUAUUCACCACCUGUGACUUAGAAUAUUGACAGUGUUUUAACAUCUGCACAUGAAUUUUAAGCUGUGAGUUUCCUUCAUCUUGAAUGAGUUUGAAAACGUGUACAUAUUUAGCUUUUUUCUCUUAAAAAAUAUUUUGCAAACCAUCCUAAUUGACUGUUUUAUCUUUCAGUGUCUCUGACAAAUUUGUAUGUUGUGCAUUAAAAAUUAUGAGAAUAAGGUCAAUAUUUCAAAUGCUAUCCCAAAAUAUACAACUUGGAGCAGGGAGUGUUGGGCUAAUUAUUCUUUCACUAUUCUGAGAAGAGAAUGAGAGAAGCUCUCAGCAAUCUGUAUCUAUGAGUAAUGCUUAAGUAAGGAAAUGUUCCCUUGAUUACUACAUCCAGAGACUCUUGAUUAAAACAUCUUAAAUUAUGUUAGAAUUAGUCAUCUCAAUUUUUUUUGGUCUUCAGGGUGCCUGGGAUUUUAUUUUAUCAGUGUUAGAGCUAAAUAUAUUUAAUUAGCUUAUACAUUCAAAUGCAAUAUAAAGAUACUUUUGUAACUUUCUUAGGUCAUUAAAUACAUUGCUUUCAAAAGAGAUAAUUGUAAUGGCAAUAGCUAGAUACAAGUACAGGAAAAACAUGGGUGAUAAUCGUGAUUUGUCUCUGUAAUUUUGAAAUGCCUGAGCAAAUGGCAAUUAUGAUCAAUUAUAAAAGUAUUUCAAUAGGAAAGUUCAGUAAACAGCAUCAGGCCAAUUCAAGUUACAGGAGAAAGAACCAGGGGAAAAUUCAAGAUGUCUGAGAUUACAAAACUCUGUGUCAGCUGCCUCUACAGAAGAUAAGCAACAAACUAGAUUUCAAUCUGUCGGUCAAUUAUCAGGGUCGUUUGUUGAUAACUCGGCUGCUGUAACUGUGCCAGCGUGUGCAACAAUGGGGAUCCUUUAGUAUUGAUUCCGUCAGAAUGUAAUGGUGCUCUUGUCUGGAUAAUGGCUGCAUACGAUGAUGCUUGGAGAGGUUUAGCUUCCUUUCAAGAAGCUAGUGGUUUUUUUAAUCAUGUCUUUUUCCUGUACUGACAGUUCUAUAUUUAAACUUUUCUUCCCUGUGUUUGUAUACAUUUUUUUAUUCCCUACUUGAGUUCUAGCUCUGUUAUCUAGCUCUGUUAUCUAGCUCUCUAUCUUUUCAUUGGUUUUAAUGGGUUUAGAGCCAAAUCCUUCACACUAAGUGCCUGUUACAUCCCUGUUAGUGAUUGCAACAGUCCCACACCUUUCCUGUUGUGGAGAUGGCAGCAAUGAAGACUCUCCCUGGGAGAACUGAGCACUAUCUACAUUGAAUUCAGUGUCACAAAGCCUCCAGCUGAGUUUACCCUCCAGUUCAGGGUCUAUCUUGCUUGCCCACCGCCUGUCAUCGCUGUUGGUUCAGCCUGUGCACGCUCCAAGGUUGAGGUAUAUGGGUGCUGAGGCAGGAUCUGUUUAUCUCUUUCAUGGACGGGUGAAAUGCUCUACCUCUGGCAUGGACAGGUGCCAGAGCCUCAGCUCUUGACAUUCUCUCCUGUCCUAGAAGUUUGGUGGGAUUUAGUCUUUUGGGAUUCAUCCUCAGAGAAGGGUCUGAGGAUACUCGAGCAGGUUUUCAUGAGGAUGAGGUCCAAAAAGAAAUCCCCAAAUAAUCUCGAAUCUGCAAAAUGUCAGUUUGCAAAAUCAACUGAAACAAUGAUUUUUGCAGAAUGCAGAUUACGUCAUAUGACAAAAGAGGGUUUGUCUCUGCAUAAUAGAAAUAAUGUAGAUGUAGAAAACUUCAUUGGAUAGAUACUAAAAAGACUAUGAAAUAAUGUCUUAAAUGUAUUUUAACUGCCUUGGAGACUGUUAAUACUAUUUUUAGUGACAUUGCUGUGCUUGCUUUUAUGUGUUUUACAAUGCAGAAAAAAAGUUGUCAGGCAGCUAUCCAACUUAAAUUGUGGACAUUAGGUUUUGAAUUCAUAUCCCUCAAAGUUUCAUGCUGGAAAGAUGCACAGUGGCCUUUAAAACAGCUUCAACCAGAGGCAGAAUCUUGUCCUGACUGCAGAUAGUUUUGUCUUGAUGUCACUAAUAUUUCA